AUAUAUAUAUCACAGUUGGGUUGGAUACCGAUAAGAGAUUGCAGUGACUAGAAAGUUUCCGAGCAACAUAAAUUUUGUUUGUUGGGAGCUGUCACGGUUUGCAGAAAAAUGGUCAAAUUUGUUGUUGUAUUUGGAGCAAUUUUAUUACAAUGCGUACUUGCUCUUCCGUCAACACGGAAUAGUUUAAGAUGGAGUCGAAACUUAUUUGUCAAUCCAUUAAUUGUUGGCGGUGAAGAGGCAAUACCGAACGAAUUUCCGUUUAUGGUCUCUAUGCAAUCAAGAACAGUAGGCGGAUCUUACAGUCACAGAUGUGGUGGGGCAAUUAUUAAUGAGCGCUGGAUCGUUAGUGCAUCCCAUUGCACAGAGAAUGCUGUAGUCGGCGCCACUAGGAUAGUUGCCGGUGAACACAGCUUUUCAACGACCAACGGCUACGAACAAUUUUCUGACGUCGAGUUGUUCAUUAUGCAUCCGGAUUAUGAUACGGUUACACUAGAAAAUGAUAUUGUCUUAAUCAAGCUGCUAUCCCCACUCGAUUUUUCUUCGGGCAAAAUUGGUCCUAUUGCUCUGCCAGCCAUGGGACAAGAGACCCCUGCUGGAACGAAUGUCACCGUCACAGGAUGGGGUAAUCUCGAAUUCAACAACCCUGAUCGACCAGACGUACUGAAUAAAGUCAGCAUUCCUACUGUAACAGAUAUGGAGUGUCGACGAUCUUAUGGCCCGGUCGAUAUGUUUGACUCGUUCAUCUGUGCUGGCGUCCCUGAAGGAGGACUGGAUUCGUGCAACGGGGAUUCUGGUGGACCCCUUUUCACCAGUCAGCCACAGCAGCUAAUUGGCAUCGUAUCAUGGGGAAAAGAUUGUGCUUUACCUGGUUACUACGGCGUCUACACAGAAGUAUCUUACUUCUCCGACUGGAUCACCAUCACUGUCGCUAACAAUUAAACUAUUAAAAGUAUAUUAGCUGAACUUUUGUAGCACUUCUGUACACGUUUUCGUAUAAGGGAAUAAAUAGUACUAUAUCAUA